CUAGGGUGUCGCCUUUGGUGGCUCCAUUCGAAGGCGACGGCGGUCGUCUGUAUUUCGGCAUCUUUCAGAGCUCGGAGAGUAAACCGGGGGAAACGGCGGCGGAGAUCCGACAAAACAGCGCGGGGUUCGGCUCUCUCGGAUGGUUAGACCCGCAGACACGGCUGGGAUGAGGCGGUGUGCUGAGAAUCUGAAGCAGCUCGGUGUUUAGUUUGGAAGAAAAGAGUAAAGUCGGGUUUUUGAGGGAGCCAUUUUGUCCCGACUGUGUGGGAGAGAGUGAGAGAAAGAAAGAAAGAAAGAGUGGGGGGCAAAAAGGGGGAAAUCUGCUCCAGAGAGAGGAACUGCCAUCCUCCCGAAAACCCACAGCGAAAGGACGGAGCUCUAAACAGUAGUCUAGCCUGCCGGGAAGAGUCGGGUUUACACAGGGCCCGGGUUUAGUUAACUAGCUGUGCUCCAGAUACCAGCCAGCCAGCGUAGCUUAGCCUAGCUCACAGCUCUUUAGCUCUGCUAGCCUGGAGACAACACACAUAUUUACCCCAUCAGAAACUUAGCCGAGCUAGCUUUUAGCCUUUAAGCGUUAACGUUAACUUUUUAAAAUAAAACAAUAAAGGCAAAUAAUGGCGAAGAAGACGUACGACUUGCUGUUUAAGCUUCUCUUGAUCGGAGACUCUGGGGUGGGAAAGACCUGCGUGCUGUUCCGCUUCUCAGACGACGCCUUCAACACCACCUUCAUCUCCACCAUAGGAAUCGAUUUUAAGAUUAAAACAGUUGAAUUGCAAGGAAAGAAGAUAAAACUACAGAUAUGGGACACAGCAGGACAGGAGAGGUUCCACACCAUCACCACCUCCUACUACAGAGGAGCCAUGGGCAUCAUGCUUGUGUACGACAUCAGCAACGCCAAGAGCUUCGAGAACAUCAGCAAGUGGCUCCGGAACAUUGACGAGCAUGCCAAUGAGGAUGUGGAGAGAAUGCUGCUAGGCAACAAGUGUGAUAUGGAGGACAAACGGAUCGUACCAAAGGCUAAGGGAGAACAGAUUGCCAGAGAACACGGAAUUCGCUUCUUUGAGACAAGUGCAAAAGCCAACAUCAACAUUGAGAAGGCGUUCCUUACGUUAGCAGAAGACAUCCUCAGAAAGACACCUGUAAAAGAGCCCAACAGUGAAAACGUCGACAUUAGCACCGGAGGCGGAGUCACAGGAUGGAAGACCAAGUGUUGCAGUUGAACAGUGUCUCUCCUUUUUCUCUCCUUCUCUCUCUUAUCUCUCUCUCUCUGUCUCUCUCUCUCUCUCUCUUUCUCUCUCACACACACACACACAUUCACACUCACUCACACAGACACUCACAACCCGCACGCACACAUACACGGCCCAUACAUAUAAAAAAUGUCUUGUUCUCUUUCUCACACUCUCAUUUUCUUCCUUCUUUGUGUCUAACUCUUCUCAUCCACUUCUUCAAUCUCUUUCUCUCUCUCUCCCCUUUUCUCAUUUCCUCCCUUUUUCUCCCUCUCUAACUCAACUCUUGUUCUUCCACUCACAUCUGCUUGCUGACAAUAUAAUUUUUAUUUCUGACGGCAAAAAAAAAAGAAAUGUAUAGAUAAAAAAGAGAAAUCAUGUCAUGUUUCUUGUCAUUUAUUUUAAAGGUUUAAAAUAAGAGGAAAAGAGGGAAAGAAAACCUCUUCACCACUACAUUUUUAAAAAAAGAUUGAAAAAAAAGAUGAAUUCUGAAUGAAGGGGGGUUGGAAAGGACCCGCUGGACCUUUUUUAUGACUCUGAUCCAUCAGUGUGAAGGUGAAACUAGCUGACUAAUCCAAACAGGCAUGAACAUUUGAGGCCAUUUUUUUGUUGUUUUUUUUGUUUUUGUACAGUUUCUGGGUUGGUGGUUGGGAUAUUUUGUGUGUAGCUCUGUGGUUAGUGUGUACAGAGCUUUUUGUCUAACUGGGGUUCUUUUUCUUUUUUUUAAGGGGUCUUUUUUGUUUGUUUUUUUCGUCCGGUGCCUUAAUGUGGAGCCAAAAGGCUUAAACUCCUGUUCUCCCUGAACCCCCAACACCUAACACAAGUGCACACACAUACACAUGUGCGCACACACUCCCAAAUAUCACCUCAUUAACUAUUCCACCUGCCCGCCCCCUCCAUGUGAACUCACUGAGGAACUCCUAAACUCGCCAGGACAGACGUUUGAACCGAAGAGAAUGGCAUCUGUUUUUUUUAUUUUUUUUUUCUUCUUUUUGUCAUGAUUUGUUUCACAUUUUGUGAUGUUUUUUAGUUGUUGUUUAUUUUGCCACACCUUUCCCAGUCUCUCUCUCUAUCUCGCUCUCAUUAUCUUUUUUUUCCUCUCUCUCCUGAUCCUGCAUGCCAUUUUUCUUUUGGUUUGGAGACUUUUGUGUGCAGCAUGAAUGGCUGCACUGCUCAUGCUCAGUUCUGGGGGGGUGGGGUUGAAGUUCUCUUUGGAAAUUCAAACAGUUUUGCAGAUCCAUUAAAAAUAAGCUUGUAUAAGUUA